AUGUCAUGUGCAGAUAUGGAGGAUAUCAUACAUAAGUUUGAAUCCUUCACUCAAAAACCUGUGAACUAUCUCAGUGUCCAAACUGCUCUAAAAGAUGAUAUAAAAAGUUUUGUGAAAACUGUUUAUGAUUAUACCAAAUCAGAAGAAAGUAGUGGAAAAAAGUUAAAGAAUGGAGCUUUACCUGAACUGAUAAUCGAGGAUUUUGACGAAGAACAGAUUUGGCAAGAGAUCGAACUUCAGAAUACAGAAUGCUGGGAUCAGCUUGUUUGGGAGGUAGCUAACUGCAUAUCUAAUAAAAAUGAUCUAGUCUUUCCAGUAGAAACGUCGGAAUCUGUAGAAGAAGCCAUGGAUGAGGAUGUGCCACCAUCGGACGAUGAUGAUGAUGAAGACCAGGCCUCAGCUGAAGAUGAAGCAGAAAAUAUACCAGACACUACCGAAAAACAAACGAAAACAAAGAAUCCUACUGCGAAAAAGUACAAACCUUCCAUAGUUGAUGAUAAGUUUUUCAAAUUACAAGAAAUGGAGCAGUUUCUACUUGAUGGUGAAAGAAAAGAAGGAAAGACAACUGGUUCAGAUAGUGAUGAGGAAUCAAUUGACUAUUUUAAAGAUGAUGAUGAAGAAGAUGAACUUGAGGAAGAAGAUGGUGGCAAUGAUGUAAUGUAUGGGGAUUUUUUUGAUCAAGAAGAUGCAGGUAGUGAUAAUGGUGAAGAUAAUGACGAAAGUGACAAAGAUGAUGUUGACGAAUAUGAAAAUGAUACAAAACAUCAGAAAACUAAGAAAAAAGCACGAGGUAAGGAAAAUGGAAAACGGGUAACUUUUGCAGAUUCGUCAUCAGAUGACGAUUCUGAAGAAGAACUUAAUACAACAAAUAGUAUGCCCAAUAAAGAAGAGAAAAAAUCUGAAUUUGAAGAGCGCCAACAGAGGCUGCAGCAACAUAUAUCUAGAUUAGAGGAAAAAACCUUGAAAGAUGCGCCAUGGCAGCUAAAGGGUGAGGUUGAUGCAUCAAAGAGACCACAAAACUCCCUACUGCAAGAAGUAGUAGACUUUGAUCUCACUAGCAGGCCUGCUCCGAUAAUUACUGAGCAAACAACUCUUACCUUAGAAGACAUAAUUAAACGAAGAAUUAAAGACAAAGCAUGGGAUGAUGUUGAAAGAAAAGAAAAGGCUGUUGAUGAUCAACUAUCUUUCCGUAAACCUGAAAUCAUUGAUCAAUCUAAGAGUAAACUUAGUUUAGCCCAAGUUUACGAAGCAGAGUAUCUUAAACAGAAACAAGCAUUAUCAGGUGAUGCUGAAGAGGAGAAGGAACCUGAGAGUCAUGUUGAGAUAAGAGAAGCUAUGAGUAAGUUGUUCUCGAAAUUAGAUGCAUUAUGCCACUAUCACUAUACUCCAAGAGUGCCACAGGCUGAAGUUAAAAUUGUUAGUAACACUCCAGCAAUAUCAAUGGAGGAGGUAGCACCUGUUGCUACAAGUGAAGCUGCAUUGUUAGCACCAGAAGAAGUUAAGAAAAAGCGUAGGGGAGAACUGAUGAGCAAAGAAGAGAGGACGCAAACAGAUAAAAAGAGAGAAAGAAGGAAAAAGAAGAAAUUGCAAAAGAAUAAGGAGAAAGUUGAGAAAGUCACAGACCACAGGAACACUAAGAAAGCUGUGGAGGCUAACGACAAAUCAUUGAAGACCUCCAAAGCUUUCUUCCAACAAUUGAAUGAUAAUUCAACUAGUUUAAUUCAAUCUAAAAAUAAGAGAAAUGUAAAAAAUAAGGGACAAUAA